UGAGUUUAUAGUUCCCCUGCCGCCUGGUCCUUGGUCACAGACCGGAAGGCGCGGCCUUGCUGUGUAGUGAGUCAUCUGCUGAGCAGACGAUCUUUGGCUGAUGUGAGCCUGCUCGGCCAGCAGAGAGAGGGGCGACACGGAGGAGCUUCACGCCACAAUGGGGAAGAAACAGAAGAAGUUCGGGGAGGACAGUGCCAAAGAGGACGGCGUGGACAUCGACGCUCUGGCGGCGGAGAUCGAAGGAGCCGGAGCCUCCAAGGAGCCGAAAGGCAAGAAGAAGAAGAAGGGAGGCAAGAAGGACGACUUCGAUGAGGACGACAUCCUGAAGGAGCUGGAGGAGCUUUCUCUGGAGAGCCAGGGAGUCAAGACCAAGAAAACAGACACCACAGAAGAAGUGGAGGCCGCGGAGCCUCCCAGACCAGAGAAGAAGAAGACCAGGAAGGGGAAGAGGGCGGAGCCAGGGGAGGAGGAGGGCGAUGAGGAUGAAGGUCAAGGUGAAGCGGAGAGGAACGGAGAGCAGAGAGACAAGAAGGCUGCUCCUGCUGCCUCAGACUCGGAGCAGGACGAUGGCCCGCGCUCCUCCAACAAAACCAAAACCAAGAAAACAGGCAGGAAGCCGUCCGCCUCCGACGAAGAGGAGGAGGAGGAGGAGGGAGGAGCCCAGAGAGGAGGAGGAGGAGGAGGAGGAGGAGGAGAGAAGGAGGAGGAGUCAGAGGACGACGAGGAGUUCUCCUCCAGGAAAGACAAGAAGAAGAAGAAGGGCAAGGCGGCUAAGGGGGAGAGCGAGGAGGAGGAGGAGGAGGAGGACGGAGCCUUCAGGAUGAAGACGGCGGCGCAGAAGAAGGCGGAGAAGAAGGAGAGGGACAGGAAGAAGAAGGAGGAGGAGCGUCUGAGGCAGAAGAAGAUGAAGGAGACCGACAAAGAACCACCAAAGAAGAUGGAGGCCACGCCCCCCGCCCCGCCCGCUGCCGCCGUGGUGGAGGAACAGGAAGGGGCGGAGCCAGAAGAGGAGGCUGAGGGCGACAAGAAGAAGAAAGACAAGAAGAAGAAGAAGGGCGAGAAGGAGAAGGAGGAGAAGGAGAAGAAGAAGGGGCCCAGCAAGGCCACAGUGAAGGCCAUGCAGGAAGCUCUGGCCAAGAUGAAGGAGGAGGAGGAGCGAGCCAAGAGGGAGGAGGAGGAGCGUCUGAAGAGGCUGGAGGAGCUGGAGCAGCAGAGGCUGGAGCAGGAGCGUCUGGAGCAGGAGCGAAAGGAGAAGAAGAAGCAGAAGGAGAAGGAGAGGAAGGAGCGUCUGAAGAAGGAGGGCAAGCUCCUGACGAAAGCCCAGAGGGAGGCCCGCGCUCGGGCGGAGGCCACGCUCAAGGUGCUGCAGGCCCAGGGUGUUGAAGUGCCAUCCAAAGACUCUGUGCCAAAGAAGAAACCAGUUUAUGGAGACAAGAGGAAGAAGAAGCCCACCGCCCAAACUCCUGAAGAAACCUCAGAGGUGGCAUCGCCAACGUCAGAGACUCCAGAGCCGGUUGCCAUGGAGACGGAGGCGGAGACGGCACCUGCGGAGCCAGAGGUGAAGCCAGAUGUGGCCAUAGACGACUGGGAGGCCAUCGCCAGCGACGAGGACAAAGAGCUGAAGAAGGUCCACAUCAAGAUGAAGGAGACCGCAGCCGCGCCGCAGCCCGCCGCCAGCGAGGAGGAGGAGGAGGAAGAUGAGGAGGAGGACGAGGAGGAUGAAGAGGAGGAGGAUGAGGAGGAGGAGAGCGAGGAAGAGGAGGAGGAGGAGGAGAAGAAGGAGGAGGCGCCGGCGGUGCAGACGAAGAGGAAAGGAGCGAGGGAGAGCGAGGACGACAGCAGCGAGAGCGAGGAAGAUGAUGGGCGGACCAAAGAGGAGAGAGUGUACGACCGCGCCAAGAGGAGGAUAGAGAAACGGAGAGCGGAGAACCUGAAGAACAUCGACUUGGACCGCCUUAGAGCUCCGGUGGUGUGUGUGCUGGGACACGUCGACACUGGCAAGACCAAGAUCCUGGACAAGCUGCGACACACACACGUGCAGGAUGGAGAGGCAGGAGGCAUCACUCAGCAGAUCGGAGCCACAAACGUCCCGCUGGACACCAUCGUGGAGCAGACCAAGAUGGUCAAGAAUUUUGACAGAGAAAACAUUAAGAUCCCUGGGAUGCUGAUCAUCGACACACCUGGACACGAGUCCUUCAGUAACCUGAGGAACAGGGGCAGCUCCCUGUGUGACAUUGCCAUCCUGGUGGUGGACGUGAUGCACGGCCUGGAGCCUCAGACCAUCGAGUCCAUCAACCUGCUCAAGCAGAAGAAGUGUCCCUUCAUCGUCGCCCUCAACAAGAUCGACCGCCUGUACGACUGGAAGAAGAGCCCGGAGGCCGACGUGGUGUCCACGCUGAAGAAGCAGAAGAAGAACACCAAGGACGAGUUUGACGAGCGAGCCAAGGCCGUCAUCGUGGAGUUCGCCCAGCAGGGGCUGAACGCCGCCCUGUUCCAUGAGAACAAAGACCCGCGGACGUUCGUGUCCCUCGUCCCCACGUCGGCCCACAGCGGGGACGGGAUGGGCAACCUGAUCGCCCUGCUGGUGGAGCUCACACAGAGCAUGCUCGCUCGCCGCCUGGCGCACUGCGACGAGCUGCGCGCCCAGGUCAUGGAGGUCAAAGCCCUGCCCGGCAUGGGAACCACGAUAGACGUUAUUCUGAUCAACGGGCGCCUGCGGGAGGGGGAGACCAUCAUCGUCCCGGGAGUGGAAGGACCAAUCAUCACGCAGAUCAGAGGGCUGCUGCUGCCCCCCCCCCUCAAGGAGCUGCGCGUCAAGAACCAGUAUGAGAAGCACAAGGAGGUGUCGACGUCUCAGGGAGUGAAGAUUCUGGGUAAGGACCUGGAGAAGACGCUGGCGGGGCUCCCCCUGCUGGUGGCCCACAGGGAGGACGAGAUCCCUGUGCUGAGGGACGAGCUGGUGCGGGAGCUCAAGCAGACGCUGAGCUCCAUCAAGCUGGAGGAGAAGGGCGUGUACGUGCAGGCGUCCACGCUUGGCUCCCUGGAGGCUCUGCUCGAGUUCCUCAGGACCUCCAAGGUCCCGUACGCCGGGAUCAACAUCGGUCCAGUUCACAAGAAGGACGUGAUGAAGGCUUCCACCAUGCUGGAGCACGACCCGCAGUUCGCUGUGAUCCUGGCGUUCGACGUGAAGGUGGAGAGGGAGAGCCAGGAGAUGGCCGACAGCCUGGGAGUGAGGAUCUUCUCGGCUGAGAUCAUCUACCAUCUGUUCGACUCCUUCAGCAAGUACAGAGAGGACUACAAGAAGGCCAAGCAGGACGAGUUCAAGCACGUGGCAGUGUUCCCAGUGAAGCUUCGUGUUCUGCCUCAGUUCAUCUUUAACUCCAGAGAUCCCAUCGUGAUGGGCGUGUCCGUGGAGGCCGGCGUGCUGCACCAGGGAACGCCGCUGUGCGUGCCCAGCAAGGGGUUCGUGGACAUCGGCGUGGUCACCAGCAUCGAGGUGAACCACAAGACGGUGGAAAGCGCCAAGAAAGGCCAGGAGAUCUGCGUCAAGAUCGAGCCGAUCCCCGGAGAGUCGCCCAAGAUGUACGGACGCCACUUCGAGGCCACCGACAUCAUCGUCAGCAAGAUCACUCGGGCGUCGAUCGACGCGCUGAAGAACUGGUUCAGAGAUGAGAUGCAGAAAUCUGACUGGCAGCUGAUCUUGGAGCUGAAGAAGACCUUCGAGAUCAUCUGAGGGACCAGACACACACACACACACACACACACACACACACACAAUGACACACACACACACACUGACACACACACACACACACACACUGACAGACACACACACAC